GCCCAAUAUCGUAUCCUGUAUAUAACUAAUAAAAGCAUGUUUAAUUAUAUCUUUGUUUAUUCCUAUUCAUUUAAAUAAACAAAGCGUUGCGAAAACGCCACUGAAAACAUCCAAGACGGCUGAUUCUCCAAAUCAUGACUGCAUACCAUACCAGACCUUUUUAUUCUUUGACAAAAGAAAAGGACAAAACACUUACUCUGUGGUAAUUCGUAGGUUGGUUUAAUAGCACAAAAUUAAUUUUAAGCCCCCACAAUUAAUCGCAAAGGAUACAUACCUAUAUCUAAGCCCUUGGUGAUGGUCACAUCGAGUGGAAUACCUUUCUGUUGCAUUUAAUUAAGGCAUGGAUGAGAAUGAGAACAAGGCACAUGUUAAAAUCGAACCGAAACAAGAAGAAGAAAUAAAUGUAUCGUUCCAAACUAAAAUUAUCGUGAGCAAUGAUGUUUUGGCAACUGUAAAAAAAGAGGAUAAUGAAAGUGUGAUCGCUGCAGAACAUUUUUGCGAUGAGUACCAUAGGGAAGAAGUAUAUUCGUCAAAGUUUACCCCUCCAACGGUAAAGUUGCAAUGUAACUGCUGUCAAUACGUAGCACGUACCAGAUCAAUUUUGAAAAGACAUCGCUUGAUGCAUAAGGAUAAGGAUUUUAAAUGUAGCAAUUGUGGUUAUGCCACACACUUUGAAAGCACAUUGAAACGACAUCUUUUAACACAUCAAGUUUCAAAAGAUUUUAAAUGUGACAUUUGUGAUUACGCCUCAAAUUUGAAAGGUUCUCUGAAACGACAUCUCUUAACCCACAACGUCUCGAAAUAUUUUAAGUGUACUCAUUGUAAUUAUACCACAAACUUUAGAAGCGAUCUUGGACAACAUCUCUUAAAACACAAAGGUUUUAAAGAUUUAAAAUGUGGCAUUUGCGAUUAUGCCACUUACCUUAAAUGUUCCUUGAAGCGACAUCUCUUAACACACACCGACUCGAAAGAUUUGAAAUGUGCCAAUUGUGACUAUGCCACAAAUAGUAAAGGCAAUUUGAGAACACAUAUUUCAUUGCACAAUCGAGCUAAAGAUCUUAAAUGUGCUCAUUGUGAUUACGCCACAAACUUUAGAAGCGAACUCAAAGUACAUCUCUUAAAACAUAAAGGUUCCAAUGAUUUUAAAUGUGUUAAUUGUGACUAUGCCACUUACCGUAAAAGUUCCUUAAAACGACAUCUCUUAACACACAAGAUCUCGAAGGAUUUUAAAUGUGCAAAUUGUGAUUAUGCCACUAACCAUAAAAACGAGUUUAAAAAGCAUAUCAAAAAAUAUGAAGUUUCUAAAGAUUUUAAAUGUGACAAUUGUGAUUAUGCCACAAACUAUAAAAGCGAUCUUAAACAACAUAUUUUAAAACAUAAAGGACCUAAAAAUUUUAGAUGUGACAUCUGUGAUUUUGCCACCAACCGGAAAACUUCCUUGAAACGGCAUCUCUUAAGACACAAUGUCUCGAAAGAUUUGAAAUGUGCCAAGUGUAAUUACGAGACAAAUAACAAAUACAAUUUUAAACAACACCUUUUGAGGCAUACCGAUUGUAAGGAUUUUAAAUGCGGUAAUUGUUAUUACGAGACAAAGAUCAAACGUAAUUUGAAACGACACGUUUUAAAACAUACCAAUUGUAAAGAUUUUAAAUGAUUAUAAUAUAAUAAUGUCACAUUUCUUCGUAGUUAAGAUAUUUAUGGACGUAGGCCUUUUGUAAGUAGUUUAAGCAUAGUCGCCAAAACCGUUUCUUGUAUAAAUUGUAAUUAUCAGCUACUUUAUUAGUACCUAUUAAAAAUAAAAUUGUUAAGUAACUUUUUCCGCUACUAUGAAAAUAGUGUGUGAUCGAAUGAAAAAUUAAAACGUA